AUGACGUUAUUUUGAAAUUUCAGCGGCGGAGCGUUGUUUGUCAAUGAGAGCUGCACUGCAUCUUCUAGAAAUUCAAAAUUAGUCACAUACAGUGGAAUAAAAAUGUCUUUUUCACGAGCCCCUUUGAAGAGGUUCAACGAACAGAUAGGUUGCGCCCCUCCACCGGGCACCUAUGAGAUCAAACCCGGGGAUCUGAAAGGAGCGGCGUCCUUUGACAAAUCUGAUCGGUUCAGACCUGCUAAAGCGGCUGCUGGAGGUGCUAUGCCGCCACCACCAUCGCCUUCCAGAAACGUCUUGGUUUCUCCUGUCCGUAGGACUCUGUCGCUUGAUCUCCUUCCUGAAGGGUCAAGUGGAAAGAAAGAGAGGAAUGGCAUGACUGUGGAAAGGAAGCAGCAGAAACUGUUGGAGAAGGAGAUCCGGGCUCUGGUGCAGCAGCGUGGGGAGCAGGAUCGUCAGCUACUCACCCUGGAAGACGAACUAAAGAAGGUAGAGGCCAAGCUGUUGGCUUCAGUCAGGGAGAAGACAGGCCUCGCUGCCAGUGUCACCACACUUGAGAGACAGCGAGCUGAACUCAAGAAAGUUAACGAGUUCCUAAAAAACAAGGUGUCUGCUGAUACAACAAAAAAGAGAAUCAAUUCCCUUACAAUGGAGUUAAUGGAAGCUAGGAACACUUUGGAUGUUAAAAACCAGGAAUUGAGUGUCCUUCAGAUUAACAGUGAAGGCCAAAUAAAAGUUUUAGAAACUGACCUACACGCUGCAAGGGCUACACUUGCUGCUCUAAAGGACAAGAAUAAAGACCUGGAGGAGCUCCAUCAGGUGACGAAAAGUCAGAAUAAAGAUCUGGAAAAUGAAAUUGCUCAAUUGCAUGCUGUGAUACGGGAGCUCAAGGAGGAGAUCCGAGUAGUGCAGGGAUACCUGGAUGCAGCCAAUGAGGAGAACCAGGAGCUCCGCUUGAAGAUUCAAGAGAAGACACAGGAGAACACUGUUGCUCAAGUGGAGACGCUAAAGCAACUAGAUUCCGAACUAGAGCGGCGCAUUUCUGAGCUAGAAACCACUCAAGAUGCGCUGCGACAAAAAGAAGAGGAAGCGCACAAACUCCAGCAAGAGCUGCAGUCAACAAAGGAUGCUUUGUGGGAAACGGAAAAGAAGUUGGAGAACCAAGAGCAGGAGCUGAAGUCUUCAAUGAGUGCCAUGGAGGAGCAAAUAAAGUUGGCCAACCAAGAAGUUCAAGACUCUCAAGCAACAGUCCGCCAGCAGGAAGGAGAGCUUUUUAGACUAAGGGAGGUGCUCCGGAGAACAGAGAACGAGCUGGAUGAGCGAGUGGCACAUCUUGAACAGAGGUGUCUGUUCUCUGAGGAAGAGAGGAGCAAGACUCAGGAGGAGGGGCUGAGGAGGGUGGAAGAGUUGAAGAAGGAGCUGAGCUUGCUGAAGGAGACUAAAAGAGAAGAGAACAAGAGACGGGUACAGCUCCAGGAAGAAAACACCAGGCUUACUGAGGCACUGGCAAAGGAAAAGUCAUUAGUGGACUCCCUAUCCGUGCUAGUGGAGCAGGAGAGGGAGGAUUCUGAGAAUCAGUUUAGACAGCUAAAAGAAGAGAUGGAAGAGGUCCUGGGAGAACUUGCCCUUAUGGAAGAAAAGGAGCAGAAGAAUCAGGAGAUGGCCAAGAAGAGUCAGGAGAGCCCCCAAAGGCUGCAGGAGGAAAAUGAGGAGCUGGAGAGACAGCUGAGGGAUACAAAAGCACUUUUGGAGAGUAAAAGCAGUGAUGUGGCAGCUUUGAAACAGGAGCAUUUAGCUGCCGUGAGAGAACUCCAAGAGGUGCACGCAAACUCGCUGAGCACGAUGGGAGAAACUGUCACAGAGCUGCAAGGUACCAGAGAGGCUCUAAAAGAAGCAAAGAGAAGGCAGAGAGAGCUAGAACUUGAAUUUAAGCAGGUGAUGCGCACAGUGCUUGAAGAGAAUGAGGAGGAGAUCAAGAGAGUGAGGGAGUACCAGGAGAGACAGUUAGCUGAAGUGAAAGCCAGGAAGAGGAUUUUGAGAAUGUUGCUGGAGGUGCAGACUCGCCUUGCACAAAAAGAUGAUGAGAUGAAGGCCGCCGAGGCGAGCCACGCUGUUCAAAUCAGUCAGCUACAGCAGGAGGUACAGCUGCAGAAAAAGCAGAAAGAAGAGGCACUGGGACAAGUAGGGGAACAGAGAGGUCAGAGUGUAGCUCAACUCCAAAAAGAGAGGGAAAAAGCUCAGAAACUGCUGGUGGAAGUCAGUGGGGAAAAGGAGGAAAUAAUGGCACAGCUCCAACAAGAAAGAGAGGAGAAGGUUAAAAUUCAGAUUGCCCUUCAGGAGGAGAAGGAAGCAUGCGAGGUUGAAAGGAACAGCCACCAACAGCUAAGGUCAGAGGUGCUCAGACUACAGACUGAGCUCGAGAGAUUACACGAGGAAAGGAAAAGUCUCCUGUCUCAGGUGGCGCUCGGAGACCAGUCUAAGCUGGAUCUUGAAAAUCAACUAAGUACAGCUGAGCAGGACAGAAAUCUGCUUCAGUCUCGCCUGGAUGAGGUUGAACAAGAAAGCGUGAGCUUCCAGGCCCAAUUAGGCCUCGUGGAGGAGAAAACACAGGCUCUGCAACGUGAGUUGGACGAACUGCGACAAGACAGACGAGCUCUGAGGGAACAGGUAGAAGUACUGACUCAGGAGAAGGUUACACUGCAGUGGGAGACGGAGGAGCAGCGGCAGGAACUGCAAAGACAAAUAACCGAAGCACACGAGAAGUGCUGUUCAAGCUCAGAGAUCGAGCGCUUGAAGAAACAAUACGAGGAGCUGUUUGCCAAAGUCAAGCCCUUCCAGGAGCAGCUCAAUGCGUUCGCAGCAGAGCGAAAUGCACUACUUAAUGAGAACGGGGCAAACCAGGAGGAAUUAAACAAACUUGCGGAUGCUUACGCUCGCCUCUUGGGACACCAGAACCAGAAGCAGAAGAUCAAACAUGUGGUGAAGUUGAAGGAUGAGAACAUCUCCCUUAAACAGGAGGUGUCUAAGCUUCGCUCCCAGGUGAGCCGGCUAAAGAGUGAUCUGGAGCAAGUGAAGUCAAAGCUCCCUGGUGGUCCUCGCCGCAGGUUUGACCCCAGCAAAGCUUUCCAACAUGACAAGGAGAACAGGCAAACCGAAACAGCCGAGCCUCUUAAAGAUGGAAACCAUUUUGGGCUUUCGGACUCUAUCCUGGCUGCCCAGUGACAUUUCUAAGCUCUGGUGUUUAUUGGUGGCGUUUCAUCAGGGGGUUUAUAAAAGUGUAAGUUGGUGUUUUAUACAGCCUUCUAUGGCAAAAGUUGAAAUAGAUUGUUUUAGUAUAUACGUUCUCAUUUGAAACAACAGGAGCUGUGCAAAAUGAAUGAGGUAAAAGAUGGAAUAAAGUCUUAGAUGUUAA